AAUUUCUUAGGGCUGAUCCAAAUUCGGGCAAAUUACAAACUCUAUUAACCCAUGACGUUUUUGGGAUAAUUAGAUCUUUGACACCUUUUCGUUUAACUGGAGGCUCAAAAGAUUAUAUUAUAGUCGGAUCCGAUUCAGGUCGUAUAGUCAUUUUAGAAUACAAUCCGGCAAAGAAUAAAUUUGAUAAAAUUCAUCAAGAGACUUUCGGAAAAUCUGGAUGUCGACGAAUUGUGCCUGGACAAUACUUGGCUGUAGAUCCAAAAGGGAGAUCAGUUAUGAUCGGCGCAAUCGAAAAACAAAAACUUGUUUACAUUCUUAAUCGUGAUUCUGCGGCUAAUUUAACUAUAUCUUCGCCAUUGGAAGCUCAUAAAUCACAUACAUUGGUACAUCAUUGUAUAGGUUUGGAUGUUGGUUUUGACAAUCCUGUCUUCGCUUGUUUAGAAGUAGAUUAUUCUGAAGCUGACCUUGAUCAUACGGGUGAGGCUUUUAAUAAUACUGAAAAGAUGUUAACGUAUUACGAAUUGGAUCUUGGUCUAAAUCAUGUUGUAAGAAAAUGGAGUGAUCCAGUUGAUGCACGAGCCAAUAUGUUAUUUGCUGAAGACCCAUCGCGCGGGCUCAUAAUUGUUGCUGGUGUUAUGCACAAGAUGAAAGGAGUUUUCUUUUUUUUACUACAAAGUGAGGAAGGUGAUAUAUAUAAAGUCACACUUGACUACGAGGACGAUAAGCUACAAAAUUUAGAACGAGCUGAUGAAUUGGAAAGCCUAAAUCCACUAAUUGAUGCCAAGGUACCAUUCUUCAAUUUCGUUCAUAUAUUUAAUGUUCUGAACCUUACAGAUGAUGAUACACCGCAAUUGUACGCUUUAUGUGGAAGAGGCUCCGGCUCAACUUUCCGGAUAUUAAGGCAUGGGCUAGAAGUAUCUGAGAUGGCGGUUUCUGAAUUACCUGGCAACCCUAAUGCCGUUUGGACCACUAAACUUAGAUCCGAUGAUGAAUUUGAUGCAUAUAUUAUUGUAUCAUUUGUGAAUGCAACAUUGGUACUAUCCAUCGGGGAGACUGUUGAAGAAGUAACUGAUACCGGAUUUCUUGCUACAACGCCCACGCUGGAUGUUCAUCAACUUGGUGACGAUGCAUUACUCCAGAUAUAUCCUCAAGGAUUGAGACAUAUCCGUGCUGAUCGCCGCGUAAAUGAAUGGAAAACACCUGGCAACAGAGCCAUAGUGAAAGCUACAACCAACAAACGUCAAGUUGUUAUAGCAUUAACUGGUGGUGAGCUCGUUUAUUUUGAGUUAGAUAACCAAGGACAGUUGAAUGAAUAUCAAGAACGCAAAGAAAUGACAGCGAAUGUACACUGUUUGAGCAUUGGAGAAGUUCCAGAAGGGAGACAACGGUCAAGAUUUUUGGCCGUAGGCUGUGAUGACAAUGCCGUUAGGAUCCUUUCUCUUGAUCCUGACAAUACUUUAGAGGUUCUUAGUACACAGGGUCUAAGCGCACCUCCACAAUCUUUAUCCAUUAUUGAGAUGAUGGAUAUUGGUACUGAUGCUUCACAUGGAACGCUCUAUCUUAAUAUAGGAUUACAAAAUGGAGUAUUAUUGCGAACUGUAUUGGAUACGAUAACUGGCGCAUUGACCGAUACUAGACAAAGUUAUACUUUUCAAUCCCGAUUACAUCUCACACCACUUUCAUAUGAUAUGCUGGAAUAUGGAUCCAACUUCACUUCACCACAAGUUCCGGAAGGUAUUGUGGCAAUUUCUGCCAACACUUUGAGAAUAUUUGCUGUGGAAAAGCUAGGGACAGUAUUUAAUCAAGCAACAAUACAACUUAAAUAUACUCCACGUCACUUUAUCCUUCAUCCAAUUUCGAGAAAUUUUGUUAUAAUUGAGAGUGAACAUAAUACAUUUUCACCAGCGGAGAAGGAAAAGGCAUUGGAAGCUAAAGUAAAAAAUGGAUUUGAAUAUGAUCCUAAAUUAUUGGAAUUACCUCCGGAGACGUUUGGUUUACCCAAGGCGGAGCAUGGAAAAUGGGCGUCAUGCAUCCGUGUUCUAAACCCAUUCCAAGGUGAAACAAUGUCAUUAGUCGAACUUGAAGAAAAUGAGGCAGCAUUUAGACUUAUUGCUGGUGUUGGAAAAGCAUUGAGAAUAUACGACAUGGGAAAUCGCAUUAUUGUUUGCGAUAUGCAAGAAUCAGUUCAUUAUGCAUCAUACAGACCACACGAUAAUCGUAUCAUUAUUUUCGCUGAUGAUACCACACCGAGGUGGAUAACAACCACAACAAUGAUAGAUUAUGAUACACUCGCUGGUGGAGAUAAAUUUGGAGAUUUCUUUGUUGAUCGGCUACCAGCAGAAACAAGUGAAGAAGUAGAUGAAGAUCCUACUGGAAAUAAAAUAAUGUAUGAAAAAGGAUAUCUGAUGGGCGCCCCACAUAAGGUAUCUAUGAUUGUACAUUAUCAUGUGGGGGACAUUAUCACAUCCCUUCAUCGAACAACACUUGUUGCUGGCGGGCGUGAAAUUCUAACAUAUACUGGUGUAAUGGCUGGACGUGAUCACCUUCAAUAUCGCAGUUUUUAUGCUCCUGUGAAAAGUAUGGUUGAUGGUGAUUUGUGUGAACAAUACAAUUUAUUACCAAUGGAUAAAAAGAAAAUGAUUGCUGAGGAGUUAGACCGUACUCCUGCUGAGAUACAAAAGAAAAUUGAAGAUAUGAGAGAAUUUAAGAUUACUUCAACUUCUAAUAUGUAA